CUCUGCGUUAACUCCACCCCCGACAGAAGUUUGCAGCCCCGGAUAAACUUCCAGUUCCCCUCUCUACCGACUAGUGCUCUUUUCCAGCUUACCAUCCCACGUAGAGGCCCCAUUUUCCAGAAUGGAGUGCCGGUUGGGUUUAGCGAUUUUAGUCGUUUGCCUCAUCUCUUAUGGCCUUUCGGAUGUGCAGCUCAGUAGUAAUGUUAUUCUCGAGCCGUAUGAUCUGCUGUUCGACACAGCGGUAGAAGCAUACUACAAGGGUGACUGGAUGACGGUCAUCCUGAACAUGGAGCGGGCGCUUCGGAACAAGGCUGCGAUACGCAGGGUGAAGGCGCAUUGCCGGAUAAUUUGUGCAAACCAGAGCGCUUUCGGAGAGCCUUUAUCCAGCAUAUUUGUGACAAUACCAGGCGCUGGCUCUGUGGAAGAUCUUGGUUUUUUUCAAAAAAUUAUGAAAAGGGCUGAUUGUGUAAAUACCUGUGAAAGUGAUAAAAUUGGACCACCAACUAUCCAUAAAAUCACUGAAGAUGUGGACCUCGAGUUUAAGAAGAGAACCCCUUACAAUUAUCUGCAAGUCGCAUACUUCAAGAUCAAUAAGCUGGAUAAGGCUGUGGCAGCGGCCAACACAUUUUUCCUGGCCAACCCAGACCACAUGGAGAUGAGGCAGAACCUGGACUACUACAGGAUGAUGUCCGGAGUACAGGAGGAAGACUUUAAAGACCUGGAGGCCUGGCCUCACAUGGCAGAGUUCCUUGCAGGGAAGCGGUACUACAGCUCAGACUCGUUCGGUCUGGCCAUCGACCACUUUGAGGCAGCGGUGGAAGACUACUUCAGCGCGGACCAGGAGUGCCGGGCGCUCUGCGAAGGAGCUUACGACUACGACGGAUACAACUACAUGGAGUACAGUGCUGACCUCUUCCAGUCCAUGACAGACCACUACAUGCAGAUUCUGAACUGUAAGCAGAGCUGUUCUGUGGAGCUAGCCUCCACCGCAGGAAAGGACAAGCCAUUUGAGGAUUUCCUCCCUUCCCACUUCAACUACCUACAGUUCUCCUACUACAACAGUGAAAAGUAUGAGCAGGCCAUAGAGUGUACUAAGACCUACCUGCUGUUCCACCCAGAAGAGGAGGUAAUGAAUCAGAACCUGGCCUACUACUCCGCUGUGCUGGGAGAGGACAAGGCUGCAGCCAUACCUGCUAGACAGGUGGUAAAACAGCACAUUCAGCAGUCCCUGUUGGAGAAGGAGCUGCUUUACUUUGCUUUUGAAGUGUUUGGAAUCACCUUUGUUGAUCCAGAUUCCUGGACCCCUGCAGACAUUAUGCCCCUCAAACUGAGAGAGAAGCAGAAGGCAGACAGGGAGACUGCAGCAAGGAUCACUGAGGAGAUUGGGAAUCUGAUGAAGGAGAUUGAAACUAUGGUGGAGGAGAAGAAUAAGGAGUCGACUGAUAUUGCCAAGAUCGUACGAGAAGGUGGUCCUCUGUUGUUUGAUGACAUCAAGAUUACCAUGUCGUCUAAGCAGCUGAAUGGGUCUCAGAGGGUUCUACUGGAUGGAUUUAUCUCGGAGGGCGAGUGCAGAGAGCUCACCCGCCUCUCUAAUGCGGCUGCGCUGAAAGGUGAUGGGUACCGAGGCCUUCCCUCCCCACACUCCCCCAGCGAGAGCUUCCAAGGAAUCACAGUCCUCAAGGCUAUUAAGUUUGGACAGGAGGGAACUGUGCCCCUGAAGAGUGCCCGUCUGUUUUUCGACAUGAGUGAGAAGGUACGUAGGGUCCUGGAGUCGUACUUCCGUCUGGACUCUCCUCUCUACUUCUCCUACACCCACCUGGUCUGCCGCUCCGCCAUCGACGAGAAGCAGGAUGACCGUGAUGACCUGAGUCACCCGGUUCAUGCAGACAACUGCCUUCUGGUCUCUGAGCUCAACAAGUGCAUCAAAGAACCACCCGCAUACACACACCGAGACUACAGCGCCAUCCUCUAUCUAAAUGAUGACUUUGAAGGAGGAGAUUUCAUUUUCACUGAACUGGAUGCCAAAACUGUCACAGCGGAGGUGCGUCCUCAGUGUGGUCGUGUGGUUGGUUUUGGGGCUGGGGAGGAGAAUCCUCACGGCGUGAGAGCGGUCACUAAGGGACAGAGGUGUGCUGUGGCCCUGUGGUUCACCCUUGACCCCAAACACGAGGAGAAGGAGCGGAUCCAAGCUCAAGAGAUGCUGAAGAUGUUCUCCACUCCUACGGACGCAGAGUUCACAGAGACAAAGACAGAGAGCUCAGAGCCACAGCUCACACUUCCUGACCAGGCUGUGCUUCUUGGUCAAGCUGCACCCCCACUACAGGUGCAGGCAGACAAACCAGAUGACAAACCAGCAGAGAAGAAGCCUGAGGAACCAGCAGAGAAGAAGCCUGAGGAACCAGCAGAGAAGAAGCCUGAGGAACCAGCAGAGAAGAAGCGUGAGGAACCCGCAGAGAAGAAGCCUGAGGAACCAGCAGAGAAGAAGCCUGAGGAACCAGCAGAGAAGAAGCCUGAGGAACCAGCAGAGAAGAAGCCUGAGGAACCAGCAGAGAAGAAGCCUGAGGAACCAGCAGAGAAGAAGCCUGAGGAACCAGCAGAGAAGAAGCCUGAGGAACCAGCAGAGAAGAAGCCUGAGGAACCAGCAGAAACAGUCAUUGAAAACCCAGCUGAUAACCCAGAAGAUAAAAAGGAUGAGAAGCCGACAGAGAAUCGGGCAGAAAAACAAAUAGCUAAAGAGGGUGAAAAACCUAUGUUGAAAGAGGCGGUCAAAACGAAAGCCAAAGCAGCCGACGCAUCAAAGGCCAAAGCGACGACUAAAACAGCGGCUAAAGCAGGGGACAAAGCCAAGGCUAAACCAGCAGCAAAAACAAACGUCAAACAUGCAGCAAGCAAAAUGAAACCUAAAGCGACAGACAAAAAAGAGCAGAAGCCAGCUACAAAGAAGGCAGAGAAAGCCCCUGGCAAAAAGGUUUCCAAGGACUCUAAAACUGAACCCAAAUCAGCCUCAGACUCACAGACAGACAAGGUUGAGCUAUGAGACCAACAGCACCUGUGACUCUUACUCUGUGGUGUCUCUAUUUUUCUACCGUUUGAAUAUAUUUGCUAAGGUUUUCUCUGUGGGUGUGCUGGAUAAAGAUAUGUAGUUGUUGAUGGAUAUUGUUUUGGAUGUUGUUUGUCUGCCCAGUGGCGGUGAAAAAUGAACGAGGAUAAGGUGUUGUAAUGUAAGCCAUACCAUAAUACCAAGGGACUGCAAACUCACUCUGAUGGCUGAUAUCAACUAACCAAUCAAUCAAAUCAAUGAAUCAACCAAUCAAAUUGGAUUUGUACAGUGCAUUUCACAAAUGCAUUUGUCACAAAGUGCUAAAUAGUAACCACCUUUAAAUUCAUAUCCCAGACUCAUGUGAACAUACUGUGUUGUUUUUAUAGUGUUACUUUUGUGUAUGAUUUGGAAUUCUCUGUGCUAUUUUGUACUGAUUUUAAAUAAACUGUUCUUUGCCUCAGGAAUGGAAAGAUAUAAUCUCCCAACAAAAAGAGAGAAAAAACCCCCCAGGAAAGACUGAAACUUGGAUUCAUGUGGAUACAUUAAAAAAGUCAUGUUUUCAUACUGAACAAAAAUAUGAACGCUACAUGUAAAGUGUUGGUCCCAUGUUUCAUGAGCUGAAAUAAAAGAUCCCAGAAAUGUUC